AUUAAUUCCUACAAUAUAGUCAUUUACAAAAAUAACCCUCCAUUUGAUAUUUAAGUCAAAAUCAGUCAACGGAACGUGGAAUAAAUUAUAACUUUCGACGCUCCGAUCAGAUUCAUCAUCAUCUCUCUCUGUGUCGCUCCGAUUUUGAAUUUGGAAUCUCUUAGUUAAGUUGGAAGUUUGUUCUUUGGUCUUUUCGCCUAGUUGUUGUUGGAUCUGUUUUAAAUUAAGCCAAAAACCUCCGAUUAGAUCGAUCUCGGAACCGUCGAAAUACAGUUCACCGUAUCCGUUGUUUGUUUUUGGUAUAUGUAUGUUUGAGAAGCUCUUACCAUCUUUGUUUACAAGUCUGGUUCUUGGUAAACUUUAGCUAUGAACACCAUCGUCGUUGCUCAGUUGCAGAGACAAUUUCAAGACUACAUCGUUUCUCUUUAUCAACAGGGAUUUCUGGAUAAUCAGUUCUCAGAGUUGAGAAAGUUGCAAGAUGAAGGAACCCCUGAUUUUGUAGCUGAAGUUGUCUCUCUAUUCUUCGACGACUGUUCCAAGCUUAUUAAUACCAUGUCUAUAUCCCUGGAGCGGCCAGAUAAUGUGGAUUUCAAACAGGUGGAUUCAGGUGUUCAUCAACUCAAGGGUAGUAGCUCCAGUGUCGGUGCAAGGAGGGUGAAAAAUGUGUGCAUAUCUUUCAAGGAAUGUUGCGAUGUUCAGAACCGUGAAGGGUGUCUAAGGUGUUUACAGCAGGUGGAUUAUGAAUAUAAGAUGUUAAAGACUAAACUUCAGGAUCUCUUUAAUGUGAGUUUUAAACUUUGCGAAAACCUACUUGUUCUGCUUGUGUAUUCUUUUUACUGAGCCUUUUGCUACUUCUCAUUCUUCUGUUUCUGUUAUGUUAUGUUGUUGCAGUUAGAGAAACAGAUCCUCCAAGCUGGAGGUACAAUUCCUCAAGUGGAUAUAAAUUAGACCGAUGCGUUUCUCGAUUAUGCAAAUGUUCAAGGCUGAUGACACAAAUGAAACCGAAACUCCUCUGUAGUUUUGUUGUUGUUGUUAUGUUUUAUAUUGAUUAAUGAGGUUCAGCAACACUGUCCCUGGCCAGAUAUCGUGUCUUGUUUAGACUCUUAAUUGAGUUCUAAGAGUAAAAAUUGAAUUAUUAGUCUAUAAAUAGACAUGUCCAUAUGUAUUCCUGUCACAAUGCAACCACCAUUUGGAGCCUUUGUUCUGACCAUCAUGACUUAGAAUUCUCAGCAUUAUUCUGAAUCUGAUAUACUCUAUUGGAUUCAUGAUUUUGAUUUGAGCCGUAAAGCAUGCGGGUACUAGUUAGCACUUUAGACGAUUUCAUUAUGUGUGGA